AUGUUCUGGCACCGCCUCCAAGCCUUCUUCCACGCCAAGUUUAGCGCAGUGCGAUCCACGAGCGCCAGCGUCCCGUCGAGCGACGUCCGCCAACUGUACGUCUUUUCGCCGCAAGCGCUUUCGCGAAGCCGAUCCUGCGGCAUGUACACGGACAUGAACACACCCGCGAACAAGGCGGCCUGCUACGCCGAGCUCACACGCGGCUUUUGA